AUGGGGCUCCCGCCCCGGCCGGCCCUAACCGCAGCCCCGCCGCCCGCGGCUCCACACCGUGUCUCGACGGGCGCAGCGGCGGCGCCGCAUGCCCGCGGGCGGCGGCCUCGUCCCCCGGGCUGCGGGCGCGACGGCGGGGGCUGCGAGGGCAGCGGAGCCGCCCCGCCGGGCUGUGCCUUCACACGCAGCCCGCCGCAGCAAGUUUGCAGCCGCCACCGCGGGUACGGGAGGAGCAGGAGGAGGAGGAAGAGGAGGGUCCGCGGGAGGCAGAGGGGGAGACCACCUCCCAUUGCGCCCCGCCGCGGGCCAUGCUGCCGGGGCCCGGCCUCCGCCCAGCGCCGGCAGCCGCGGACAGGGGCGGGUGUGAGGGAGCAGCGAGCAGCCGCCGCCUCUUAUAUAGCGGGCGGCGCGGCUCCGCCGGCACCGAGCAACCGGUGCCGCUGCCGGUCGGGCUGCCCGCCUGCCCGCGGAGGAGGAGCUGCCGUCGCCUCCCUCCGCCCUCCCUCCCGCACCCACCAGCCGUCCGACCGGGGGGGGGCCGGCCCGCCCCGGCUCCGCGCACCGCCCCACCACUGUCCCCCGCCCCUGUCCCUGCAGGCGUCGGGAGGAGCCCGGGCACACUCCCCGCCCCACCAGGGGAGCAGCCCGUCUUCUUCCAUCCCGGCUCGGAGUGGCGUGGCGCUGGGUGUUGCGGAUGCCCCCUUGGUCCUGCGGUUGUCCCCAUCCCACCUUGCACCGUGCCCUCUACGCCGCGGGGCUGGGCGAUGCCAGGCUUCUCGGGGGCUGUACUGCCCGCCACCGCGUCCCUCGGCGGGUGGCAAGUGUCGCUGGGUGCCGGAGCUGGGCGUGCGGGAGGGGCCGGGGCGACCAAGACGGUGCAGGACAGGGGCACAGCCGGAGCGGGCCGGCAGCUCGGUUUCCUCGCCCUGCACGGCGGGCGAGGGGCUGCGCAGCGCGGCGAGUUCCGCUGCUGUAAGGGUGCGCAUCCCACCGCAUCACACGCCUGCUUUACACUUAUAG